AUGGGUGGAGGAUCAAGUAAGGCUGUAGGCAAGCCUACUGGGCAGGUUGGGACGAGAGAAAUCGGAAACCUUGAUGUUGCGGCCACCAACUUGCCCCGAGACUGGAACGAUGACUUUCAGCGAGGUCUUGAGAUGGUUGAGAAGGAGCAGUACUUGGAAGGAUAUACUCUGCUGGCUAACGUCAUUGCAGAUUUCAGAGAGAAGGCAGAUUAUUUCAAUAGAAUUAUAAUAUCAGAGCUGGCGCUCGUCAGUGAUGAGAAAACUUUCCUCCCUCGGGCGUUCAAGUCAAAUGACGACGCAAACUUCACAAUAUACGGGGUUCAAAACAUUGAGUUCAGGGUUGCAAAUGGUGGCCAAGGUUCAAAGUCAUGGGUUGAGCUUGGCAAUGAACUGAGGCACUCCAAGAACAUUCUGCAUUGCAGGUUGCACGACAAGAAUACUGGGCUGUCGCACAUAUGUGUGCCGCUCAUGAUGAUUCUAGAUUACAAAGGCUUUAGGACGCUGGCAGUGGCCAAGAUCACAGCUCAGACCAAGUACGUGCAUGGUUGGGAUCCAGUAUUAAAGGGUUUCGUGAUGGAAGAUUCAGACCUUCAGAGCUUGCUGGUGACUGUAGGAACAAUGCUCAACUUGUCAUAUCAUAAGCUCGGGGUUGGAUCCACUGCCGUGCUGUCUUCGAUGCAUGCCGGGAUUCGAUGUCUUGUCGAGCUGCAAGGCAUCAACCUCUUGAAGCGCAAGAAGAGGAUAUACUUCCUUGACUUGAAAGACUUGAUGCCUCCGGACCUUACAAAAGGGGCUCGAUGGAACCUUCAAAGCAAGACAGAUGGGCAUGUUGAAAUGAGUGAGAGAGUCAGGCCUGAAUACGUCAGGAGAUAUGAGAAGCCGCUGAGCCCGGAUAUUGGCAUUCCACCGCCUAACAGAAAGGCCAUCAAUCGAUACAUCCACGAGGGUAUAGAUCACAGUCUAUCUGAUCUUAAAAACGCUCUGCAACACCUCACAGUCGUCAAGUCAAUGGAGCUGAUCGACAGUUUGUCUCGAGACAUCCAAGACUUCCGAAGAGGGAAGGACUCUUUAACGGGGCUUGCAACUCAUGAUUUCAGAGGGCAACCGCUCAACUACGAUGAGAUCGACAUUCACCAGAGGAUCAUGUCAAACAUACACGCCGCUGGCUUCAAUAGGAGGAUGUUGGGAUUCCUGAGGUCCAAAGUGAAGGAACAAUCGUAUGAUCCAGCCAUCUUCGAGCUGCGAAAGAUGCUCCUCAACGAGAUGGUGAGCAGGGUGCUGAAGACUUCGAUCUACAAGGUUCUGCGCAUUGCAAGCGGGUUUUACGGUCAGAGCGGGAGCAUGCUCCAGGCAAUCAAAGCUCAAUUCAAUGUCGACAAGGAACAAAAGAUCACAGACGAGGAAGAUCCGCAUAGUCUGCCAGAGAUCAGCUCUCAGAUCACCAAAGCAAACGUGUUGUCGACAGAAACAUCCAAGGCCGCGCUUGUGGACUUCUUCGACACAGCCUUCUCACGGCAGUAUGUAGAAAAGAACCAUGCAGAGUUACGCGAAGAGCUUGAAGCUGUUGGCAUCGAGCCCACAAAGAUAGACGAAGUUCUCACCUUGUCUGCCAUGAUUGCAGAACUUCGCAGAGAGCGUAUGAAACGAUACCCUGAAGCAGUGAAAGCUGCGAUCGAGUCGCUCAAGGGCGAACUCGCACUGAUCAUCAAGGCUUCGGUGCCAGGAGCAAAGUGGAUGGCAGACAAGUACUCGAAUUUCAAAACUGCCAGAGCCGAAAAGUUGGCACAGAAGAAGGAGAUGGAAGCAAUCAAAGCAGAAAUCACAGACAAGCUAAUCAACACACCCUUGGACACUGACCCGUUCAGCAUCUACUGGCGACAAAGCAUGAAGAGUCUACUGAUCCGAAAGUUUGGCAAACUUUGCCUCUCGUCUUCAGAACUUAGGACUGACUGGUCAGUCAUUGACAACAUCGACGUGGCGGUGGUUGUGAGGAGAGUCGAGACGCUGACUGGCAUUCGGCUGUCGCGAGAAGGCCUGAAGAAAAUCUCUUCGAUCCAUGAGUUUCCUCUCACUCCUUCCUCUGUUGUGAGAUGGAACGAGAGAGACUUCGAUAGCAUCGGCCCUAAGACGAAAGGUCUAGGCCUGCUGCAGUCGGCCAGGGGAUGGCAGCUUCUUCACAAGUCUCGCUCAUUGGAUAAGAGUGAGGCAAAGGUACAAAUGCUUCAGAGCGCCUGCGACUGCUUUGAAGAAAUGCUGCUGCAUCACCCCAACGAUUGGAUCUCCAACUUUGAAUUUGGCUCUGCCCUCUAUGAGCUCGCCUGGACCCUUCCAACGUCUUCACGCUACUCACUCUUGCGAGCGGCUUAUCGUCGCUUCCGACACUCACACGUCGUGUGCCGAGCGUGGCUGCCAUCCAUGUUGAGGCUGGGAGAUUCCAUCUAUGCGAUGACGCUGAUGCGACAAGAUACCGACGUGGAGGAGGACUACGUCAAGCUUUGUGUGGAGGCAGGUGACAUCCUUGACCGCUCUCAAGAAUAUGCCAACAGAUGUGGAGCGUGGGCGGAUCAGGUCAAGGCUGAGGUGCUCAAGGCGGCUCAACUGUCGUGCGGGUUUCGGUCGGAGAGACUCUUCACGUUGGCGGGGGUGACGUUCAACGAGUGGAUCGCGUUGAGAGCAGACGAGGAAGCAGUUUCUCUCGCGUGGAUCCUCGAGAACCACGAAGAGCUCGGUCUGGUGCCAGCAGAUAUUUCAGCUCUUGUCAGUCUGGUGAAGCAGAUCGGGUCGAACCGCAAGAAAUCCAACUGGUUCAUGUCCUCCAAACAGCCCGAGCAAGCAGCGUCACCGUUGGAGCAUCUCUACUUCACCAACAAAUCGAUAUCCGAUGCAUGCAUUCUGUUGGUAAGUCGGCAAGCUUCUAUCGGCGAGAUCAGACACGUCGAUCUCUCGAACCUCUCCAACAUCACCUCUAGAUCACUCUCUGUGCUGUGCGAGGAGCACGGCGCUCAUUUCGAGAGCCUGAAGCUCAAAGCUGACAACAAGGUGCCGCCCUCGGAUAUCCUGUCGGUUGUGGAGCUCUGCGUUUCUGAAGGGAUUGGGUCCCUCACCCACCUUUCCUUGUAUGGAAUGAGCAACAUGAAGGAUGGGGAGUUUGCCGGUCUUGUAAGCCUCCUGCCCAACUCGCUCAAGUCUCUCAGCCUGCAGUUCUGCCUGACCCUGGAGGACAAGGAAGUCAUCGAGCUGGCGAAGCAGAAGACUGACUUGUUGGAGCUCAACCUCCGAGGGUGCGAGAAGAUCACAGACAACUCGAUCCUCGCUCUUGCUCAUCACUGCCUCUUCCUAGAGAAGUUGGAUUUCUCCUACUGCACCCAAGUCUCUGACGUUGGCCUGCGAGAGUUUGCGUACCGGACAAGACGGUUCUUGAAAGGCACCAAAGGCAUCCCGACCGGCGGUUUGUUCGACCACACUGACCCGACUCUCCUGCUUGCCGACCUGAUCAUCAAGAAUCGCAAGAAGAAGAAGAAAGCUGACGACGAAGAAGACCUGAUCUUUGAUACUGACAUUGCUGCCUCCGAUGACCCUGAAGCCGUUGCAGCCUUUGAGCUGGAACAGUCAAGAAUCAGACAGAUAGCCUUGUACAAAGCACAACAAGACCAGGAGGAGUUGAGAAAGAUUCUUCGAAACGCCGGGUUGACUCUGCCACAAAUCAAGCAGUUUCUUGCCGGAGGACGAGAUGACUUCGACGAGGACGAAGGCAUCGACUUGGACUCCAUCGCGAUCAAACUUGGGCUUGAGGAGCCUGCUCAACGAGAGAGACGGCUACGAGAGAAGGAGAAGAAGGACAAUGAAGAGAAAGAGAAGAAAGUUGUGGAGCAAUGCAGAGAGAUGGUCAAGAACGGACUUCGACCCUUCCAGAUCGCGAGAGAAUUGGAAAUCGACAUAUCCAUUGCAAACAAGGUGAAAGAAGAGUGGGACCUGCAGAAUAGGAAGUUUGUGACGCUGCAAGAGAUCCGGCAAGAGGACCUGUCAAAGUACGCCAUACAUCUCAAGAUACCUUAUUGCAAGGUCAAGAGAGUGCUUCUCAGAGAUGUCAACCCGCAGUCCAGGCUCUUUCUGCGGUCUCAGUUGUCGUCAGGAGGGACAGUGAAGAAUUCGGCGUACAAAGCGAUCAUGACGGAGUUGAACUUCGACUUGGACACUUCAUUCCCCAAGAUCAUGGACAAGUUUGACGUCAUGAAGAUAGAGCUGUGCGAGCGCCCGGAUAUAGGCCCUGCCAAGGCACUCGCUUACUACAAGGCUCCGAUGCCGCAAAAGAUCGACUAUCCCAUCAUCACCAAGAAAGUCCCUCUUUACGGCUCGUCGGGGUUUGUGCAGGGACAGCCUGUGGGGUACAUGCAGUUAGCGAUACGCGCGAUGAGUGGAGAAGAACACAAUGCAUGGAGGGAGUCCCUGGAAGUCUACGAGCAAAAUCGCGUGCGAACCACCGUGACAUCAAAGAUGGGAAGGAGCAUCCUCGACCGGACGAAAAUUGUCAGUGAGAAAGUCUUCGAGAGGGUGGUAGAAUAUGCGGUCACUCAAAUGCUCGAUUACUUUCAGGAUUACAAGAAGAUGCAUACACUGACUAUUUCUCGAUGCGUCAAAGUCACCGACUUCUCCGUCAUCGAGAUCGUUCGGUCUAUGCCCAACAUAGUCUGCUUGAACCUGGAAGGCUUGAGGGGCCUCACGGACAACGCUCUGAGGCACAUUGCAAGGCUCUGCCCCAACCUCAAGAAGCUUGAGCUGGAGGCUUGUGUGCGCAUCACCGACGGAGGCAUGAUGGAGGUCGCGUCGGGGUGUCACUUGAUCGAGAGCGUCACGCUCAACGAGUGCUCGGAGCUCACCGACGCCUCGAUCGCCUUCCUCGUCAACUUCGACUUGGAUUUCCGACUGAGAGAGAUCUCUUACACGGGGCUGGUCAAGACGACCGAAGAGUCCUUCGGGCAGAUCUGCGGAAGCUGUUCGAGUCUAGAGAGUCUGCAAGUGGCAGGGAGCAAACUGUAUCAAGAUGUCCAACUGGUGCAUCUGUCGCACACAUGCAUCCAGCUGCGCAAGCUUGACUUGAGCUGGUGUGAGAGCAUCACCGACUACGGCAUAAGUUGCGUGGCUCGAUCGUGCACGAAGCUGGAUGACGUCAGCCUGGCGUACUGUGACAAGAUCACCAACCAAGGGUUCUCUGAGUUGGCCCACCAUUGCGGUGGCAUCACAGACUUGGACCUGACAGGAUGCUUUGGUCUGGACGACCUGGCCAUGUCGGAGAUAUCGAGAUCGCUCUUCUUCCUGUCGCACCUGAACAUCUCCAACUGCGAGAACGUCACCAAGGACUCCCUCGUCCACAUUCGCGAUUGGGCUGAAGGGCUGACUCAGCUGGAGCUGUUGGGUUGUUCUGCCAUCGACAGGGUCGACAUGUUGCGGUUUGGGGAGAAGAUGAGAGGCAGGACCAAGGUUUGUUGGGAGCAGAGUGAAGAUGAUUUCAUAUUCACUUGA